AUGCGCGUGCUCGUGCUCGGGUCGAGCGGGUUGAUCGGCGCACCCUUGGUGGCUCGUCUUCGUCGCGCCGGUCACGAUGUCACGGAAUGGGACGUCGCCAUGGAUCGCGCGCACGAUUUAACGGACGCCGCGAACGUGCCUGGCGCGCGCGACGCGAUCGAGUCGAGUGAUUUCGUCUUCUUUCUCGCCUUUGACGUCGGCGGCGCAAAGUACAUCAGUACUCCCACCGCGAGUUUCAUCCAUCGAAACAGUCUCUUGAUGGCGAACACGUUUAGUUUACUGCACGGCAAGCGGUUCGUUUUCGCCUCGAGCACGAUGUCAAACAUGGACGUCCCUUACGGCACUUUAAAACGUCUCGGCGAGCACUACACGAGCGUGCUCUCUGGAAUCUCUGUGCGAUUCUGGAACGUCUACGGUCCUCAAAAGUACGGCGAGAGAUCGCACGUGAUCACCGAUUUUAUUCACAAGCUUCGAACGACCGGUUCGAUUACCAUGAUGACUUCUGGCGCAGAAAAGCGCCAGUUUCUGCACACAGAAGACUGCGCGCGGUGUUUGGAAACAAUCGCCGCGCACUACGACGAGAUGCCACCCGUAGUAGACGUCACGAGUUUCGAGUGGACGACUGUUAGGGAGCUGGCUGAGUUGCUUUGCGAUGACGUGGUCGCUCGUAACGACAACCGAGACAGCCACACGAAGUCGAACGAACCGAGUCCGUUCAUCCUUAGUUACUGGCGCCCCGCGAUAAGUUUACGAGAAGGCAUCGCGCAACUGCUCGCAGAAUCAAGGACGGCGAAACGUUAA